UGUUUGUGAUUUUCAUCAUUUUCUCAUCCUAAAAAUUUGUUAUUUGUAAUUUGUACAGAUUUUUGUUUUCUGACAGACUGCAUUUAGCACUAAACUUUUGAUUGUGUUGAUCGCGUAGACUCACACUGGAACAAUUUAGUUUUUUUCGCUCCGCACUGGUUUUAGUUUCUCUGUCAAAUUAAUUGCAAUCUGAGCGAAGUGCGUGGUGCUUUUGCUGUUUUGCAGUAUAUCGAUCGCUCCUGUGCGUGAACCGUAGUUGUAGAUCCUAUCCGCAUUUUUGUCCUGAGAAGAUGCUGCCGCGAUAUUCCGCAGUAAUGUUGCGGACGAUGUCUCGUCCCGUCGUGCAGGGUGCACGUCGGACCUUUUCCCGUGAUCGAGCUGCGGCCGUGUGGAUGAACGCAGGAAGAUGGCAGCUUACGUCGGAGUGUGCUGCGCGAACCGUCAGAUUGCACCAUUAUUAUUGUCCGAUCCUGGCGAUGAUACAAUCCAGAAAUAUGAGUUUGUUUGGCUCCUUCCUGGACGGUGCAUGGAAUAAGGUGGAUAAGAAGCGUAUCGCGGAAGUCGGAGCGGAAGUGGCCGCGGCUGAAUGGAUUAUGCGCUGCGGCGGCAGUGUCAAAUGGAGUAAUCAUGCCAAAUGGGUAACCGACUACAAUCAGCUGGGCAUGGGAUCGGGUCCCAACACGAAGAUCGAGGCCAUUGAUGCCAGCAAUGCCUGCAUUAAUUCCGAUGGAUUUGCCUAUUUAGAGGGUCUGAAGGAUGUACGCAUGGUGAAAUUCCACAAGACAGCCCACAUCGAUAAUAAGGCGCUGUCGCUGCUGGCUGAUUACCUCGGCAGUGGCCUGGUCACUUUGGAGGUGACGAGCUGCGGCAACGUCGGUGACUGGGGACUGAAGGAACUGGCCAGGUUUAAGAAUUUAAAGGAGCUCCACCUGGGCGAUCUGCCCGGCGUCAAGAAUCCGGCCGAAUGCGUCAAGCAUCUUAAAUCUCAGCUUCCGCAGUGCAGUAUCACGUACGAUGGAUUAUAAACCAGAAUAAUUUUAUCGGUUCCUUCGGGCUUUAACUGUAAAUGUCCUGAUGUACGUAAUUUCAUGUAAGUGCUGAUGUUACACUUUUAUGAAUGGUUUUGCUGAUUUUUAUUUUAUCGCUGUACAGUUUCCAGUGUUAGCAGUUUCCAGUGUUAGAUGAGAUGUUGUGGUUUUAUGUCAAUUGCCGUAGUGUUCAGUAUCGCGGUGCCUAUGAUUUAAUGUUCAUUAAGCGAACGGUGUUUA